AUGGAAAAAUAGGAUUAUUGCAUGUAAAUAAAAUAUAGGAGAUGUAAUAAUAAAAGAAUAUUCAAAUAGUUAAUUCUUUCCUUUAAUAAAUUGUAUAACAGCCUUUAUAAUUUAGAAAUACUUAAAAAUACAAAAAAAUUUAUAAGAACUAAAAACCUUACUGAUUGUGAAUAAAAACAUUAACUAAAACAUAAGAAUAAGUUAGAUAAGUACACAAAUAGUAUAAUGUUCCAAAAUAUAGAUUAAGUAUUUAGAUUUAUAUAAAUAUCUUUAGAAUGUAUUCAAUUAGUUAUUUGCAUCCUUUGAUGAUAAAUAAAUUAUAUGA